UCAAAACAAACUUCUAUCCAUACAAGAAAGACACAUUUUGUUGUCUCCUUCUGAUCUGCCUCCACUUAUCAGUAAAGAAACAAUAAUAAUGGGGUUCUUGUUUCAUGCAUUUCCACCACUUUUAGCUGCCUGUUUUCUUAUGAUCAUGACCAGCCUUUUCUUCUUUCCUCAUAUGGCAGUGGCAAAACAUGGAUCUGUCACCCGACACUACAAGUUUAACAUACGCAUGCAAAAUGUGACUAGGUUGUGCCACACGAAGAGCAUCGUGACCGUGAACGGCAAGUUCCCAGGCCCUCGCAUCAUGGCUCGUGAGGGUGAUAGGGUUUUGGUUAAGGUUGUAAACCAUGUCCCCAACAACGUCAGCAUUCACUGGCACGGGAUUAGGCAAAUAAGGAAUGGAUGGGCAGACGGACCGGCCUAUAUCACACAGUGUCCGAUUCAAACCGGACAGACCUAUGUUUACAACUUCACCAUUGUUGGCCAAAGAGGAACCCUUUUCUGGCAUGCCCACAUUUCAUGGCUUAGGGCUACUCUUCAUGGACCUAUCAUCAUCCUCCCAAGGAAGAACACUUCUUAUCCUUUCCCUAAACCCCAUAAAGAAGUCCCUAUGAUCUUUGGUGAAUGGUGGAAUGUUGAUACAGAGGCUGUGGUUAGCCAAGCACUUCAAAACGGCGGCGGGCCGAACAUUUCUGAUGCAUAUACCAUUAAUGGACUGCCUGGACCAUUAUACAAUUGUUCUGCAAAUGAAACGUUUAAGGUGAAAGUGAAGCCUGGGAAGACAUAUCUCCUACGUAUGAUCAACGCUGCACUUAAUGAUGAACUGUUCUUCAGAAUCGCCAACCACACGGUGACCGUCGUGGAAGCCGACGCCGGUUAUGUUAAGCCGUUCGAGACAGACCUUCUGGUCAUCGCACCAGGUCAGACAAUGAAUGUUCUUCUGAAAACCAAGGAUAAUCCUCCGAUGUCGACGUUUUUCAUGGCGGCCAGACCGUAUUUCACCGGCCAAGGAACCUUCGACAAUUCCACAGUCGCCGGAGUUCUUGAAUACGAAAUCCCAUCGCUCAAUAUUUCCAAGAAUUCAACCAAACCCAUUGCUUUGCCUCCCCUGCCUCCGAUCAACGGCACGUCUUUCGUCUCCAAUUUCACCGGAAAACUCCGCAGUUUGGGGAAUUCGCAGUUUCCGGCGAAUGUCCCGCAAACUGUGGACAAGAAUUUCUUCUUCACCGUGGGUCUUGGAACCAACCCGUGCCCUAAAAACCAGACGUGUCAGGGCCCAAACGGCACAAAAUUUGCGGCUUCUCUUAACAAUGUCUCCUUCGUUACCCCCACAACGGCGAUUCUGCAAGCCUAUUACUCCCGGAAAUCCAAUGGGGUAUACGCUACAGACUUCCCAAGCGUGCCUCUAACGCCGUUUAACUACACCGGCACUCCUCCGAACAACACUCAGGUGGUUAACGCCACCAAGGUGGUGGUGCUCCCCUUCAACGCCACCGUGGAGCUGGUGUUGCAGGACACCAGCAUUCUUGGCGCGGAAAGCCAUCCUCUCCACCUUCAUGGCUACAAUUUCUAUGUUGUCGGCCAAGGGUUCGGAAACUUUGAUCCUAAGAAAGAUCCUGCUAACUACAACCUUGUUGACCCUGUUGAAAGAAACACCAUUGGUGUUCCUUCUGGUGGCUGGGCAGCCAUCCGCUUCCGAGCUGACAAUCCUGGUGUUUGGUUUAUGCAUUGCCACUUUGAAGUGCAUCUGAGCUGGGGUUUGAGGAUGGCAUGGAUUGUUAAAGAAGGGAAGCUCCCUAAUCAGAAGCUGCUUCCACCACCAUCUGAUCUUCCCAAGUGUUAAACAACAACAUUUUCCACCUGAAAUUUCAUGGGGGGCAAUUUACAUAACUUAUCAAUCUUUUGUUGUUGCAUUUCAAGACUUUCUUGUGAGCAUGAUAUUAUGUUUUUUUUUUUUGUAUUGAGUGGAUAAAAAAAGAUCAGAGUUUUGGACAGCAAAAUGUAGAGUUUCUGGUUUUGUAUUUUAUUGCUUGAAAGGCAAAUCAAUAAGAGGAUCUAUAAUAAAUCUCUUCCCCUCUCUAA